AUGUCCAAUCCCAAUCUUGGUAAGACAGAUACCACCGUCUACGGUAUCUCCACCGAUAUUAUGAAUUUUAUAUUUAGAAAGCUCGACAAUGAGUCUCGGUGGUUAAUCAAACCAGUCGGUGUCGUUGGAAAUGGGUUCGAACAAGUGCUUAGUCUGCUAGUCUAUAUGAUGGAGAAAGCGGCCUCCGCCUCCAAAUGUAUAUCUUGCCAGACACAACAAGGAUCAGGGGAGUCUGACCUGAUCUUCGACUAUAUCCCUGAGACAGAUGAUAAGAUGGAUGUCAAAUAA